AUGGCGGCUAUAGUGGUGCAGGUGGGUCAGUGCGGCAACCAGCUUGGCGAGGAGCUCUGGCGCCAGCUAACUCUCGCUACAGACGGUGGCGCAACACCCUCCCCGUUUUUCGCGGAGGACCGCAAGGCACGAUGCGUCCUCGUAGACUCUGAACCCAAAGUUGUGCGCGGUGUCUGCGAGCGCCACGCAGAUUUGUUCCGCGCAGAGAAUGUCGUCUACGGCCAGUCUGGACGAGGCAAUCACUGGGCGCUCGGCUACUACGGCGUCAGCGACCCGAUGAGCCAGCGCCAUGCUGAAAACGCGGCGGUGGCGCGGCCGUUUCAGGUGGCGAAGGACCAGCGGCGCCACGACAGUCAUGUGGUACGCGACGCCCUCCGUGCCCUUCACGCAGAGACGCGCCGCACAAACCAUGCGGUGGAGUUCGAGGCGAUUAUCGUGUUGCACAGCCUCGUGGGCGGGACAGGCAGCGGCAUGGCGUCGCGCUUGCUGGAGAAGAUACGCUACUACUUUGUUGAGCCACUCGAAGGGGAGGCGGCGGUGGACGAGUGCGCGGAGGCCGCAAUGAUGCGGCGCGAUGGCUUGGACGGCAUGCUAAUGGAGAAGAGGCGCGCGUCAUACCUCGUCAGCAUCACGGUAGCGCCGCAGUCCACGGGCGAGCUGUCCACGCAGAGCCUCAACGCGGCCCUCACGCUGCACGCACUGCAGGAGAACGCUGAUGCAGUGGUGCUGCUGCGCAACGAUGACUGCUUUUGUGCGUCAACCCAAGCACCGCUCAGCGGGCGUUCUCGCGCUCGUGCUGUGGCCGAUCCCCUCCUGUCGACUCUUUCGCUCAUUAAGCCCUGCGCCACAUUCAAGGAGGCGAACGAGGUGUUCGUGACGCUGCUGAUGCCGAUCCUGUUGUACGGCCGUAGCGCUAAUGCGGUGGGUGAUCUUGUACUAAAGUGUUCACCCAGUCAUAGAAAAUUGAAUAAUAUUCUAACGAUUGUGCCCACCCCGCAGCGACAUUACUUGCGAUUCAAAGGUUCCGUGACGCUCUCACGCUUUUACAUCCUCCGCGGGGCGAAGCAGCACAUGCCUGGUGUAUACCCCAGCGUACCCAUUGAGCAGCUGCACAGCGUUCAAUCACUGCAAGCCCCAGACCUGGUAUCCUCGAGUGAGGAGGUGCAAGUGCCUAAGGCAUUGCUCCAGAGCUUCGCGGAGUCUGCGGCGUCGCGACGCUCUGUCUCGGCGACGCUGCUCCAGCAGAUGGAGGGGGUGCUUGUGAUGAAUGAGGCGCGGGAGUUGAAUGCUUCGGUUCUAUUUCUGAUGUUGCGCUCAGCUGCGGUGAAAGUGAAGGCAGGGGCCUUUAUGUCAACGUUUGAAGACAUGGGCAUGACAGCUGAGUGUAUUCAGGCUGCAAUUCAUGAAGUUGCCGCACGGCUGGCGGCAGCAGAAGAGUUCUGA